AUAUGUUUCACUCUCUGCUAUUAAAUGAAGUUACAGCCACUGAAUGCUUGCACAUUAACGGUAUCUGAGUUUCUUUCUCCACACUGCUGAAAGGACAGGAAGCGUCAUCAGUUAUCAUCAGAUGCUCCUCAGACAAACCUCCUCAUCUUAAUAAAAACAAUAAUACAUUAAUUGACCAAACGAAUGCAGGAUUGACCAUGUCUUCCAUACCUUCAUCUAAAAAUGGAAUCAUCACAAUUCCAACUGAACUUAGAGAUUCACUAUCAUGCCUCGACAUUGUAUGUUCUGAUAUUUUUGAGACAGGAGACCCUGAAGAAGCUAAGAAGCAUGAGGCUGACUUUCUUAAAGGAGCCCCACUAAAGUGGAUUAAUUUAGCGGAGGAUGAAAACUCACCGAUGGUCAAGAGAGACGGCUUUAAUGAUUUAAUAGAGUUAAUUAAGAGAAAAACUAAUAAACCUUGUCUCAUUACUGAUGUUUCCUUACGGUACCAGUCUGGCAGUGGAGGCUCAACUCUCGCCAUGCAGGUGCUUUGGCAUUUCCGGAAAGAUCUCAGAUGUGCCAGAGUGAUCGAUUCAGAUUUAGACACCAAAGAGCUGUCAAAACAAGUGGUGGACCUUUUUCUGUUGUCUAAUGAAAAACACACAAAACCAAAUAGGAAAACUGUGCUGCUGUUACUGGACACCAGGAAAAAAAUAAAUGAUCUACCUAUCAAGAAUAUUAUCUGGGAAGACCUGAUUGAUGAAAUCCAGAAGAGGCGCAUCAAUACUGAGACUCCAGCUGUGAUCAUUUUGAACUGCAUCCCUACAGACUUCACUCUGACCAACACAAUGAUUCUUCCUCCAAAACUCUCUGAAGAGGAAAUAAAAAAAUUCAAGGAAAAACUUCUGCAACAGAUCCGACUACAGAAAAAAAGGCCAUUGGAAAGUUACGACCAUAAAUCUGUUUCAUCACAAAGACAGCGGCGGAUCAGCACUAGCUAG